AAGCUAAGAUGGCGUUUUGUUGUUUUUGUCAGCUGAUGUCGCUGAUAUGAUGAUAGAAAAAAAUUGAAAUUAUAAAUUAUUAAAAAGUUUUUUACUAAAUAAAAUGUCAGACAAACGAAAAGUUCUCGUAGCGAAACGGAAAAAUGAAAGGAAUCCGAAGAAUUUUGCAGAAAGCUGCAGGAUUGUUGUUCAAAAUGAUAAUAAUUUUAAACGUGGUACAAAACGUCCCAUUAUUGUUAAUACCCCGAAAAAAAACUUAGCUAAUGACAGGCUAAAAAGGCUAAGGACUACAUUAAAUGAAGAAGUUAAAAAUUCAUCUCAACCUUUAUCAAAUUCUAAAGACAAGAAUUGUGUGAGGAAACGGCCAACUUGUUCAGUGGAACAUGAAGUGUCUACAAAAUGGUUGAAAGAAAAUGACUCGGGUGCAGGGGAAUGCUCAAAAACUGCACCUCCAUUCAUUUUUAAAGAAGAAUUUCUAACACAGAAGAGUGUGUUUACAGCUGUAUCUCCAAAUCCCUUUGCUGUGUUGGACCUCCAACAGCAAUCUGAAAAUAAAGCAGAGAAUAUGGAGUGGUCUCCUACUGAUGAUGAGUCGUCUAUUAGUGCAAGUGAUAGCACUUUCAAUACACAAGUUACAAGUUCCUCUGGUGGGUUUUAUAUUGUGGUUGACACAAAUAUAUUUUUAUCACACCUGAAAAUAAUAGCUGACAUUAUUACAAUGACUGUUAAAGGACCUAGGGAGCCAAUUAUUUUCGUUCCCUGGAUCGUCACAGAAGAGUUGGACUUUAUAAAGGGAGACUCAAAUAAACGUAAUCUUAGACAAAAAGCUCAAGAUGCCAUCAAGUUCAUAGAAAAGACUAUGAGUAGUAAACAUCAAAGAUUGAAAGGGCAAACAUUAAUGGAAGCUAACGAACAAAAAAGUGUAGGUAUUAAUCAAGAUAAUAAAAUAAUUGCUUGCUGUAUGCAAGUGCUAGAAAAAUAUGAAAAUAUGAUUCUUCUCACAAAUGACAUUAAUUUAAAAAAUAAAGCUCAUUUUAACAAUAUUCCCGUAUGCUCAUCUCAAGAAAUAAUCCUCAAAAUACUACAAGCGCAAAAUAAUUCAAAGGCAGAGAAUAUUUUGAAUAUAAUGACAAGUUUAUGUAAUACUGUAAUUUAUGAGUGCGCUAAAAAUGCCUAUGGAGAAGCUUGUAAGAAAAUGCCAAUAUGUCAGCCUUUACCAAAGACUUUAAAUGAGUGUAUUGCCAUAUUUACAAAAUAUUGGUUCCCUGUCUUUCAAGAAGUAUUAAUGAAGCAGUUUAAAAACGCUAUUGAGCAUCUCUCGGUCUUUUUAUCAAAACACAUAACUAUAAAUGACAAAUCAAAGGAAUUAAAUAAUCUCGUAAGACUGUGUGUAAGGACUUGUUUAUUCUUGAAGGAUGUAGAGUGCUGUAAAAAUAUCAUCGAAAAUACAAUACGGGAUUUGAACAAUCUUAAAGAGUCUUAGCGCUUACUGCAAAAUCAAUUUCAAUUAACAUUGGGUGAAAAUUAUUAAAUUGUUUUUAGGAUGUAUAAAUUCAUUGUAAAAUAAAUAUAUUUUGGUUAUGAAAA